ACACACACGCACACACACUGAAAAGCUGUCAAUUUCUGUCGUUGGUCACGUGACCUACGCCUCCCUGGAAUGGAUGGAGAUGGCUCUCCACGUCAGCCUACGUCUCAAAAUUUCUGCCUCGCGAACCUGCUUCAAAGAGGCACGAGCCACGACGAUACAGAGCCAUGUUAAAGGCGGCUAAAGAGACGAACCGCAGAUAGAGCAGUGGCGUAAAGGAAUGAUGGAUUUUGACGAGAGGGUCCCCGUCGGAUCGAACAUGUAUUUGCCUAGUUGCACCUACUACGUGUCGGCGGGGGCUGAUUUUUCUGGUCUGCCCUCGUUUUUGUCCCAGACCCCGUCUACCCGCCCCAUGACAUACUCGUACUCCUCUAACCUCCCGCAAGUCCAGCCCGUCCGAGAAGUAACGUUCAGGGACUACGCUGCUAUUGACGCGUCCGCUAAAUGGGCUCACCGUGGAAAUUUGCCCCAAUGCUAUACCACUGCAGAGGAUAUGGUGCACAGAGACUGUCUGUCUGCACAGUCGGCGGCGGUGGGGGACAUGUUCGCCAAAAACAACCCUGCUGCAGCCUACCACCACCACCACCACACGGGCACGGGCUCUGCCUCCAACUUCUACGGUAACGUGGGUCGAAACGGCGUGCUUCCCCAGGCGUUCGACCAGUUUUUUGAGACGGCAUACGGCAACGCGUCAAACGAGAGUCCCUCAACGAACGACUGCUCUGGGGACAAAGCGGCGACCAAGCAGCCCGGCUCGGCGCAGGACAGCGCGCCGUCGUGUCGGGACUCGGAGGGCAAGGAGCCUCGGGAGGAGACCAGCAGCCCAGAGUCAUCUUCCGGCAACAAUGAGGAGAAAUCGAGCAGCAGCAGUGGACAACGGACGCGUAAGAAAAGGUGUCCUUAUUCCAAAUAUCAAAUCAGAGAACUAGAGAGAGAAUUCUUUUUCAGUGUGUAUAUCAACAAGGAGAAGCGACUGCAGCUCUCUCGGAUGCUCAACCUCACCGACCGACAAGUCAAGAUUUGGUUUCAGAAUCGUCGAAUGAAGGAGAAGAAAUUAAACAGAGACCGGUUACAAUAUUAUACUUCCAAUCCUCUCCUUUAGGAUGUAAAGCCCUAGAGCAGUUACCGACAUGGCUGCUGCAGAAGUGUCCGUGUUUCCAGACCGCAUCCGAGCUGUGAAUUUGCAGAGUAAAUUUUGUACAACAGUGACCGCAGCAGCCACCACUGCUCAACGGUUAAUUUCAAGUUCGAGGACAACGGUGUAAUACUCCCCUGGUUUGAAACAUUUCAAGAAUAUGAGUAAAAAAAACGACAAUACUUCGACCUCACUCUUAAGACCUUGAAUAUGGACUUCAUAUGGAUUUUAGUCUGGCUCAAUAAGAGUUUACAGAGGCCUGGGUGGACAUGAGACUUGGGAUCUCCGACGAAGACGUCUCGUUUCUUUGGUUUUCUCUUUACGUGGACAUAAUUACCAGUCUAAAUUGACUGAUUCUGUGUAUUUUGUAAUCAAAAAGUUUAUUUUAUUUGUUCUGUUUUUGAAUCAGACAUGUGGUAGGCCUAAUAUUGUGGCUUUAUGAUGAUAUAUGAUAUAUUACUUACAUCAUUUAGACGGACUUUGGUGUGACCAAAUAAUGCGUUUGAGCGGAUGCGAAUGUAAUGGAUGUGUUCUUUUUUUAAAUUGUAUUUAUUUUAUAGCCAAUUGUUUACUAUUGAAUUUCGUAGUAGGCCUACGACAAACUAAUUGAAAAAUACUCCAAAACAGAGUCUACUAUUAUUCCGUGUUCCUAUUGAGCAAGACAGCAAUCCGAUAAUUUUCUGUCUGGCGGCAAAUAUGUUUUUAUCUUGGCCUAUAUCAUAAACCACCAUAAUCAUUUAAUACUUAUUCAUUCAACGUAUUGAAUAACCCGCUAUUGAAAACGCGAUAACAAGUUGCACUGAGAUAUACGCCUACACGCGUACACAAGCAACGCAAAGCAAUUUGCCUGAUUCUUUCGAGAUAUCUAUUUACAAGAUAUAUAUCAUUCUUUUGUCAAUUCAUAAUUAUUUGGAGUUUUCCAGUGUAGGCUAAUUAUGAACAAUAAAUACAUUUAGCCUUCUAUUGUGGCACGGCUGGGCACGAGCGUUGAUGCAUUUCUUGGUUUGCCAAAAAAUAUUCUGUAUUAGCCUAUAUUAUAUUUCCAAAUUAAAAAUGAAAAGAUUAUCAGAAUA